UCUGAUUCCACCUAAAUUUGCGCAGAAAUGAGCGCUGGGAGACAUGUUCUUGGCCCUCAACUUGAUUUGACUUCAUUCUCUUAAAUUUUCUUUUCAACGACAUGAUCACCAUUUACUUAAGAGACUUAAAAAGAAAACAAUCGAUCAUGUCAAUGAUAACAAACUAACGCCUAGUAAGUGUACACGAAUCAGCCUUUUUCUUGGGCUUUUGGCCGUCUUUUGGCCGCACCAGCAAUGCAGAUGCACUUGGAUUGGAAAGGAAAGGAUUAAAAGCAGAGUAGCAGAAAAAAAGGCUUCCCCAUUUCACGAUUGCCUUCUCUUAUCUCAGGUCUGCAACCCAAAUACAUGCCCCCAACUCAGCUAUGAGAAAAAGUGCUCCAAAUCUGAGAGACUCCAUGUUUCGACUCGUUCUCUUGCUUCUUCCCAUGUGGGCAGCCCUCAGAAUUGCUUCCGCUGCACCCAAAGGUCCAUUUGCACUACGCAUAAGUUGUGGAGCUCGUGAGAAUGUUAACUCUCCUCCAACCAAUACACUUUGGUACAGAGAUUUUGGUUAUACUGGUGGGAAACCUGGUAAAGCAUUACCUCCAAGUUACAUCAGCCCCAAGCUAAAUACACUUCGCUAUUUCACUCUUUCUGAUGGCCCAGAGAAUUGCUAUAACAUUCAUAAUGUGCCCAAUGGACUUUACUCAGUGAGGCUUUUCUUUGCCCUAGUUGAUGACCCUCAAUUGAAGAAUGAGCCUCUCUUUGAUAUUUCUAUCGAAGGAACACAAGUGUAUUCAAUGAAACAGGGCUGGAGUAACUUUGAUUUCCAGUCAUUUGUUGAGGGAUUGGUAUCAAUUUCAGAUAAUUCUGUAUCUACUUGCUUCCACAGCACUGGGCAUGGUGAUCCUGCCAUCCUUUCUAUUGAGAUUCUUCAAGUUCAUAAUGAUGCCUACUUUUUGGGGAAACAGUGGAGUGGUAGAUCAAUCCUUAGAACAGCAAGAAGACUGGCUUGUGGUAAUGGAAGGCCAUCAUUUGAUGCUGAUUUAAGUGGAAACCCUUGGGGUGGUGAUCGAUAUUGGGAGGCUAUUCAAAAUUUCGACAAUUAUGGCCAUCCCAUUUCAACUGAGAAUUCAAUCAACAUUACCUCUGCUUCACCAAACUUCUAUCCUGAGAAGAUUUAUCAAUAUGCAAUUGUCAGCAAUGGUACCUACCCUGAUUUAACAUUCAGCAUGGAUGUGGAGCCUAACAAAAAUUAUUCAGUCUGGCUGCACUUCGCAGAGAUUGACCCAAGAAUUCAAGGUGCAGGCUCCCGGGUGUUUGAUAUAUUGAUAAAUGGUGAUAUGGCUUUCAGCAGUGUUGACAUCGUUAGGGUUACUGGAGGGAGUUACACAGCACUGGUGCUUAACAAGACCAUUGCUGUGAGUGGGAGGAUCUUAACUGUAAGUUUCCACCCCAGACAAGGACACACUGCCAUCAUCAAUGCCAUUGAAAUCUUUGAAGUUAUCCCAAUGGAGUUCAGGACUUCUGCUGUUGAAGUCAAGACAUUGCAAACAUUGAAGAACGCCUUAAGCCUGCCUCUUCGUUUUGGGUGGAAUGGAGAUCCAUGCGUGCCUCAGCAGCAUCCUUGGAGUGGAGUAGAUUGUCAAUUCAACCACAAUGAUGGCUCUUGGGUGAUCGACGGAUUAGAUCUUGGCAACCAAGGUUUGAGGGGCUACUUGGCAGAUGCCUUCUCCACAUUUAAAUAUCUACAGAAAAUAAACUUAAGUGUUAAUAGCAUCCAUGGUGGCAUUCCUCCUUCUCUUGGAACUGUUCGUACUUUGGUGGUCUUAGACCUAUCAUACAACCUGCUCAAUGGAACCAUUCCAGAAAGCCUUGGACAAUUAACUUCAUUACAAGUAUUGAAUCUUAAUGGCAACUUGUUAUCUGGAAGAGUCCCAUCAGCUCUUGGUGGGAGGCCUCUCCACAGGGCUAGCUUCAAUUUUACAGGGAAUGAGGGCCUCUGUGGUAUACCUGGAUUGCCUGAUUGUGGGCAUCAUCUUUCUACCUCUGCAAAAGUUGGUAUUGUGUUUGGGGCUAUACUUGGAUUCUUGGUUCUUCUUCUAUGUUCCUUUUGCAUGUGGAAGAGACGACAAAACAUUCUUAGAGCAAAAAAACUUGCAGCGAAGGAAGCUCCAUAUGCAAAAGCCAGAACCCACUAUGUCCGUGAUGUACAAAUGACGAGAGCUCCUGCUCAUGAUCAAUUUCGGGUUCAUGCAGAUAGUGGAUCUCAACUGCUUUCCUAAAUCAGACAGUUGUGAGUACUCAGAAAGUUUUGUUUCAUUUGUAAUGUUGGGAAGAUGGCCUUCCAUUUAUAUAGUCACAAACAGUCUCUUUCAAUCCUAAGUUGCAUAAGAGUGUAAAAUGUAACAAUUACUUUGUCAUGGUUCUUUUCUUGUAUAUAUCAUUUUUGAACACCAAAGAA